ACGCGUAGGCCGCAGGCCGCAGCAACACACACACACUCUCUCUCUCUCUGUGUGCGCCUGCGCCCCAGUGUCCCCACAGCUAGGCCAACAAGAUCUUAGCUCCCAACGGGCCCCUCCCCGUCCCCGAGAUCCUCCGGAGCCGCCGCCGCCGCCGCCGCCGCGACCUCCAGAAAUGCCGGCGCCGAUCGGGGGGCGGCGCCGGCUGUGAGGCUGCGAUGGCGCGGUCCAGGCCUAGGUUCUGGCUCGUGGCGGGCUGCGUCGCCCUGCUGCUCUGGGCCUCCGUCGCGCAGCUCGUCGCCGUCGGCCGCCUCCUCUCCCUCUUCGGCCUCGCCGGCAGCGCGCCCGGCCCCUCGCCGCCGCCUUCCUCGCCCCCUCCCCCGCCGCCGCCCCCAAGAAUCUACAAAAGCAAUGGCUAUCUGAAGAUAUCCUGCAAUGGGGGUCUUAAUCAGAUGCGUUCAGAGAUAUGUGACAUGGUGGCAGUGGCGCGUUUGCUAAACCUCACGAUGGUUGUGCCAGAGCUUGACAAGAGAUCAUUCUGGGCUGAUCAGAGCAAUUUUGGAGACAUAUUUGAUGUGAGGCAUUUCAUUACCUCAUUAAGAGAUGAAGUGCGCAUUGUCAAACGGCUGCCAAAGAGGUUUGGUCCAACAGAUUCAGGCAUCAUGCUGGACAUGUCACCUGUGAGCUGGUCAGAUGAGAAAUACUACUUGCACCAGAUCUUACCACUCUUCAGCAAAUAUAAAGUCAUCCACUUUAACAAGACAGAUGCUCGGUUAGCAAACAAUGGCAUCAGUACUGAGCUUCAACUUGUUAGAUGCCGUGUUAAUUUUCGUGCUCUGAAGUUUACCCCUCAAAUUGAGGCACUGGGGAAUAAAUUGGUACAGAAACUUCGAGACAAGGGAUCAUUUGUGGCAUUGCAUUUACGAUAUGAGAUGGACAUGCUCGCAUUUUCUGGUUGCAAUCAUGGCCUUAAUCCUGAAGAAGCCGAGGAACUCAAAAGAAUGAGAUAUGCAUAUCCAUGGUGGAGAGAUAAAGAAAUUGAUUCGAAAACCAAGAGAUCAGAAGGACUAUGCCCACUUACGCCUGAGGAGACGUCACUGGUUUUGAAAGCACUGGGCUUUGAAAAGGAUACUCUCAUAUACAUUGCUGCUGGUGAAAUUUACGGGGGAGAAAAGAGAUUGAAACCAUUACGAGCUGCUUUUCCAAAACUUGUAAGAAAAGAGAUGCUGCUAGAUUCAGAACCUCUGCGCCAGUUUCAAAACCAUUCUUCUCAGAUGGCUGCACUCGAUUUCAUUGUAUCCACUGCUAGUGAUGUGUUCCUUCCUACCUAUGAUGGUAACAUGGCGAAACUUGUUGAAGGCCACAGAAGGUUCCUGGGUUUCCGAAAAAGCGUGUUGCCAGACCGACGGAAACUAGUUGAACUUAUAGACUUGUACAACAACAAGACAAUUUCUUGGGAGAAUUUUACAUCUUCUGUCCAAGAAGUUCAUAGAGGCCGUGUGGUCCAACCGUCCUGUCGGCGAAAACUCGAAAACAAGCCGAAAGAGGAGGAUUAUUUCUACGCUAACCCCCACGAGUGCCUGGCCAAUUCAAGCCUGUGCAGUGGAAGCAAGGAUACAGUCACUGUAAGGUGAGCACAUUUGCAGCCUUGCCUGUGCAAGUUACUGUUUGCGAUGAUCCGCGGACUGAAGCCGGCAAGCAGGCAGAGUCCCGAUGAUCGUCUAACCGAUGUUCCCAGUGUUCUGUUGUAUAGGUCAGGUUUUUCUUUUCUUUCUAUGCUGCAAUCCAUUCAUUUAUUUUGAAGCUUGCCGAAAUAGGUAGGAGGCUUUGUGUAAAUUUUUGUUGGUCGUUUGCUCUCUUGUUCACUGUUGAUUUAUUCAUGAUGAUGAUGUCGAAAGGGAUAUACAAUUGCCAUGGUGACCAAUUGAGAGGCAUUUUGGUUUCA